AAGACGUACUCAACUGAAAGGUGAAUUAUGUCAUGCAAUGCAACAGGAAAUACUUUAGAAUACCAUCAUGAACUCAUAGCUGCACAAACGCCACCUUGGUUUCAUUUAACUUCCGGUCUGAUACUUCUUAUAUCAGGGGUGGGAUCUUUCAUUUCGAACGGUUCUGUCAUUUUUGUAUUUCUGAUUAAAGAAAGGACACGUAUAACUAGAUCAAAUAUGUAUAUUGCCGCAAUUUGUUGUUUGAACUUGAUAAUGACAACGUUUGGGACACCUAUGGUGGUAAUGUCAUGCUUUAACAACGUAUGGCUCUUUGGUGAAUCUGGCUGUAGAUAUAAUGGCUUUUUGAUGUCGUUUUGCAGUCUUGCAUCAAUGCUUCUUUUAACCAUGAUUUCCGUUGACCGGUACAUAUAUGUUGUUCAACCAAAUUUAGCAAAAUAUCUGUCAACCACAACAAGCAUCAUGUCUAUAAUUGUGUGCUGUCUCAUUACAUUUGGUUUUGCAAUUAGCCCUUUGUUGGGAUGGAACCAGUACACGUACGAAGGAGUUGGUACCUCGUGUGCGAUAGAUCUGGUUGGAGAUAGCAAUAACGGAGAAUCAUUCAUCUUGGCUCUUUUUGUUACCUACUUUGUUAUGCCAGUUUUAGUGAUGAUAUUUUCAUAUGGAAAUGUGUAUGCAAAGGUGAUGAAAGAUUCUAAGGCACACUUAAGAUCGAGUCUGACGAAGAAAUGCUUCAACAAAGCAAAGCAAUGUCGAAAGAAACUUACUAUGGAACAAGACCUUGCAGUGACAACCACCAUUAUCAUAGGAUUCUUCUUGAUAUGUUACACACCAUUUACAGUCCUACUUCUGUGGAAAGUAUUGAAUAAGGAUGCUGAAAUCGACCCUCUUACAAUGGCAAUACCUUCCAUGAUAGCUAAAGUAGCAGGAAUUUUUACACCAUUUGUUUAUUUGAGUCGAAACAAGGUCUUUAGAAAACAUGUGUUGAAUGUAUACCCCUGCUUUAAAUCGAAGAAUAGAGUUCAUCAUUUUAACAAUAUUGAACAAACACGGAUCACUACGGUAACUGUAAAAGACGAAACAACAACAAACGCUCAUUCUUCCAAGAAAAGUUAUGACGAAAUACAAACAGUAUUCUAAUGAACAAUGAAAUUGACCAUUGUAUAUUGAUUGAAUAUCAAGUUUUC